CAGCUGACCCAAAGAGAAUACCUGUCAGUUGUGAUCUAGUUACCGUGGGAGGUAGAUCAGCGGAACUUGCUCUCUAAAUCCGACACAGUUAAGCGAGCCACGAUGCAAGUGAGACUGUCGACGACGCCCCGCGUGCAGGCGCCGUCGCCACCCGCGUCAGCGCCGAGGCAGAAGAAACUCCCAGCGCCGCCCCCGAGCAGCGGCCGAGACACCGCUCCGCCACAUUCAUCCCUAACGUGUUUCCCGACGAGGAGUCGGACGUUCCCUCUGCUGGCGAGAACACCAUCGGCCAGAGUCCGUGUCCUCGGGGGGAGAGCGGCGCCGUAUGCAGGCAGGAGCUGGCGUCGAGCACCUUCAACUGCACCACAGACUCCUGCAUGCAGUGCCGCGACGAAUGCAGCACGAUGGAGCCUUCUCUGUGGCCGGUGUGCUGCCGCGAUCACUUCCUGUGUUGCCGCCCACUUGCCUCGGCCUGCCAGCAAUGCGACACACCCGAGCUGUUCCCCUUCUGCGGCGCCGCCUUCAAACGUUGCAACUGAGGGCAUCCUUUCGCCAUGGUUAUUUAGUAAACGCCACUAGUAUUUGUAUGUUGUAGUAGUGACGUCACGAUGACAUCAUACUGAGAAAUGGCUUCAUGUCUGAUGUCAAGAGGGAAUCUCACUUGACAACCGGCGCCGAAGGCUUUGUAUUCCGUG